GUAAAUUUGUAUUCAUGCAUAGGUAUGUGUAUAGCAAAAUGAAAUAGGAAUCUGUUUUCUUUCAGCUAGAACCAUCAAGUUUAGUUUUUUAGCUUUAACUCGUUCAGAGGUCAAGUCGAGUCCCCUCCUGAACCGGAGUGGGCUUUAAUGGAAAAAGAAACUUGUCAUCUUCAAACCCUUGUUCCAGAUCUUAUUGAUCAGAUUGUAUGCAUUGCAAAAUCUCUCUUUAGCUAGUGUAUCUAUAUGUCUUCUCUAUCGUUUUAUGUGUGCGCAAGUCAGUCCUAAAACGUUCUUUCGAUCAGAAAACUGCAACCGGAUCGAAGUAUAGAUUUGGGAAUUGUACGUUCUGGUUCAGAAAUGGUGUGAUGAAGGGUGCAGCUGAAUGCAAUCAAUGAAACGAGCAUGCCCCCAUGUUCACAAGUCAAAUUUUUACGGCCACUUUUGUGAUAAAUGUUCUUAAUUUUGCUACACAUGUAUUGGCCCAUGUUUUAGCAUGAAUCAUUUGGUCUGCCACUUUUUUUCCUCAUAAAAACACAAUUCCAAAACAUGCAGCAACAAUUCAUGGGACCAUCAAACCAUAAUGUUCACGAGUGGAUAUAUGAAUGAAUCAUGACAAUUUCACAAGAAAAGAAACAAGUUGUGUGAAUUUUACUCUCUGUAAUUUGUGAACUUUUUUCCUUCACUUCAUCAGGAGAGUGUCUUCCAAAAGUAGCUUUACAGUAAACCUUAAGAAUGAAAACAUCUUUGGGGGAAUAGUAUGGAUUCGACUAUGGAAAUCGAAUCAUGUAUCCCUCCAGGCUUUCGAUUUCACCCCACCGAGGAAGAACUCGUUGGCUACUACCUAAAGAGAAGAGUUAACGCCAUGAAAAUUGAUCUUGAUAUCAUCGUUGACAUUGAUCUCUACAGAAUGGAGCCCUGGGACAUUCAAGAUCAGUGCAAAUCAGGAUAUGAAGAACAAAAUGAGUGGUAUUUUUUCAGUCACAAGGACAGGAAGUAUCCAACUGGAACUCGAACAAACAGGGCGACAGCUGCCGGUUUCUGGAAGGCAACCGGAAGGGAUAAGGCAGUGCUUUCGAAUGACAAAAUGAUAGGGAUGAGGAAGACAUUAGUAUUCUACAAAGGACGCGCACCAAAUGGACAGAAAACUGACUGGAUCAUGCACGAAUAUCGGCUCCAAACAUCUGAACAUGGACCCUCUCAGGAAGAAGGAUGGGUGGUUUGUCGAGCAUUCAAGAAGCCAAGUCCAAAUCAGAAGCAAGGUUUUGAAGCAUGGAAUAAUGUCUACUAUACCAGAUCGAUCAACAGAAAUUACAGGCCUAAUCCAUCAUAUCCAAGCACCCCGAAUGGAACGCAACACUUCGAUCCAAUUAAUCAAGGGACAAAUUUUCAGCAGUCUCCACUUGCUUCAGUUUUCGAAAAUCAAAUAGUUGAACUUCCAGAACUCGAUAGCCCACCCAUGUUAACAACUGAUUUUACUACGAACGAAAGUUUACAUUUCGAAGGUAAUGCAAUAUUUGGGAAUGAAGAGUCGACCGAGGAUUAUAAAAGCAAUUAUGGGAAUCAAAUUAGUGAUUGGAAGAGCUUGGAUAAGUUACUUGCAUCAGAAGUAACUGAGCCUUCAUCAUAUGCUUACACAAACCUGUUAUUAAUGUCCCAAAACAGUGAGCAAAAUGCUCAAAACCAUGUCAGCCAAUUACUGGAAUGCUUUCCCGACUUUUAGUUAAGCUUGUUUGGUAUGCAGUGUAUUGGACAUAUAACAUUUUAGCUUAUUUUUCUUCGUUCAGUACUGCCCAAUUUACACAGCUGAGUAUGUCAAAAGUGCAUACAUGGAUAGAAUUUGUUGUGAAUUAAUAUAUAAAUAACUGCCCUUGUCAAGUUCUUUAUAAUAGUUGUCAAAGAUCAUUGUGUCCAAGGCCAUAGGUUGAAUUGUUAAUUUACAUUUUAACUCUUCUGUUGUUCUGCAAUUGUGAAUUUAUUAUAUAUUAUUUGACAAACUAAUU